CACAAAUGAGUCAUGAUACUUAGAAUCAUUUGGCAUGCCCCCAGACAUGGGGAGAAAGAGGCCCCAAUCAAGCAUCAUUAUCAGAUACCGAGAGAGUGCCAAGGUCGGGCGGGGUUAAGUAAGCUAACCAACCAUAACUAAGUUACUCUGUAUGCUGCUCAUUGUUCUAUCUCAAAGAGAACAAGUAACCGGCUGCCUGCACCUCGGAUACAUCAGCUGGUGAAGGUCUAAGAGUCGAAUGCUAUGACUUGUCUCAACUACUAGAUUCUUCGCAUAUCACGCAGUUGUCUUGUGAGCAGCACAAUGGAAUUUCGUGGUCAAUGUCUCAUCAAGGGCGCUGCAUCUGCAGAGUUACAAUUCUGCCCGGUUGGACUCAGCUUUUGGGGAGGAGUGAACCCUGAAACUGGACAGGUGGUAGACCAUCACCAUCCGCUCUGCGGCCAGUCUAUCGCCGGCCGAAUUCUUGCUAUUCCCUGCGGUAGAGGUUCAUGCUCAGGUAGCACAGUCAUGCUUGAGCUUCUGCUGAAUGGAUGUGCUCCAGCUGCACUGAUCUUCGAGAAGCCCGAGCAGAUUCUGACUCUCGGGGUUUUAGUAGGAAAAGUGCUAUUCGGAUGUCCCAUACCGGUUGUGGUCUUGUCCUCUUCGGACUUCUCGAAGAUAUGCAAUAGACGCUUCGCUGCCAUUGAUGGAGAGACUGUGCUAGUCACUGACGGUCUGUUACCGACUCCGAAACUGCCUGCCGAACCCAUUCAAGGCGACAUCAACCUUUCAGAUCUAGAUCGGAGCAUUCUGGCUGGUGAAAAGGGCCAAGCAGCCAAGGUUGCUUUGGAGAUUAUCAGAAGCUUUGCAACCAUUCAAGGAGCGCGCUCACUAUUGGACGUUUCGCAGGCUCACAUUGACGCCUGUAUAUAUACAGGCCCUGCGAGUCUUCUGUUUGCCCAAAAAUUCCAAUCCAUGGGUGCUAAAUUUACCCUUCCAACCACCCUCAAUUCUAUUUCGAUCGAUCAACGCCGCUGGAAAGAACUGAACGUCGACCCGGAGUUGGCUACACAGGCGGGCACAUUAGCCAAUAUCUACCUCUCUAUGGGUGCACAGCCCAGUUUCACCUGCGCCCCGUACACGCUUGACACCGCUCCCAAGACCGGGCAAAACAUUGGAUGGUCGGAGUCAAACGCUGUUGUUUUCGCUAACAGCGUCCUUGGUGCUCAAACCCAGAAGUAUCCCGACUUUAUUGAUGUUUGCAUUGCUUUGACCGGUAGGGCUCCAUCAGCUGGAUGCCACUUGCCUGAGGGUCGACGGCCAACAAUGUGUAUCCGGGUGAGCGAUCUGGGAACGAUCAAUGACUCUUACUAUCCGCUAUUGGGAUAUGUCAUUGGCAAGCUAGCCCAGCAUAACAUACCAUUGGUUUGUGGGCUAGAGAAUCUGCAACCACGGCUCAUGGAUCUCAAAGCAUUCAGUGCCGCUUUUGGUACCACUGCUUCUGCUGCAAUGUUUCACAUCAAAGGUGUUACGCCUGAGGCUUCUAAAUUUGCAGAGCUAGAACAAGACCUACCCGUUAUAGAGCUUUGGCAAGAAGAAUUAGUUGACACUUGGCAUAUGCUCAAUUCCGCACCGGACUCUUCUGUUGACCUUGUAUCCUUGGGAAAUCCACACUUCUCUCUUGAAGAGUUCGAGGCUCUCUCUAGAUUAUGCUUAGGCCGCAAGAGAGCCGACGAUGUUAAAGUUAUCAUAACUACCGGCCGAGAUACGUACGAAAAGUCGAAAAAGGCUGGCCAUAUCGAUAUCAUCGAGGGAUUCGGGGCAACAAUUAUUACAGAUACCUGCUGGUGCAUGCUCGGGGAGCCUGUCAUUCCAGUUACAUCUCGAAAUAUAAUGACAAACUCGGCCAAAUAUGCUCAUUACGCUCCAGGGAUGGUGAAGAGGGGUGUGCAUUUUGGGAGCCUUGCGGAGUGCGUAGAGGCGGGUUGUACGGGUGCAUUUGUUGGAAUUCCCCCCGGGACAGGCCAGUGAUGCUGGUGAACAGCAGGCUUGAUAAUACAGGAACUAGGGGUCCGUUAAUCUACUUUGAAGCGCAAUGGUAGGUAAUAUGUGCCUCCACAAACACUGGUUAAGCUGAACCAUGGGGUCAGCCCCAAAGUCCGAUGUGAUAAUUUUCAUUGACUAUUGAUUCAUCACAAGUGCGUUCAUGCGGAGUUACAUGAAAUUAAGAUAUUGUGGCUUUCAUUACUCCCAGAUAGAUUGAUUUGGCCGGAAUGUCGACAGGCAGUGCUACCUGCGAUCUAGCUUCUUUGGAUCGGAUAUCGCACUGGAAGAACGACCUACUAGCUUAUCCAUAUGCUUUGAUGCAUAUCCUAUUAAACACAGAGAAAGAGAUACUCGAGCAAAAUCCGUGUGAUGGGGUAUUCUCAUCUUGACUGGCUUGCAGGUAUAGACUGCCGUAUGGCGGACUAAAUCGACCAUCCGGUACCAUCCACCUAGAACGCAUUUCACACAUACAACAUCAAAUCCACAGCCCGUAAACGGUAGCAAUCUAUAUCACUAAUUGUUAUCUAAGUCAAUCAAACAAAGCCAACAACAUCCUCCACUCAACCCGGAUAAAGAGAUUGCCCCUCAGGCCACCAAAGAACUAAACCAGCUUAACAACAGCCUUCAACGCACUCAUCCCAGCCAUAUUCCUCUCCAUAGCCGUCUGUAUACAUUCCAACCCUGUACCAAUGACCAAAGGCUCA